AUGCACUAUGUUCACGCUGGCCAAGGACCUGAAUCUCUCCUCCUCCUCCAUGGAACACCAAAGACGAGUUAUUACUGGUACAAACUGUUCCCACUCUUGACACAGCAUUUCCACGUCAUCGCACCAGACUUGCGUGGAUUCGGCGAUACCGACAAACCUCCAACAACUGACGGUUACGAUUCUGCAACAAACAGCCAAGACGUCUCCGAAUUGAUGACCCUUCUCAACAUUGACAAGUUCCACGUUCAUGGAGAAGAUCGUGGUGCAGACUUUGCGUAUGCUCUCGCCGCCACCUGUCGAGAUCGUGUCAAGAGUCUAUCAUUCUGCGAAAUGGCCGUGUCUGGCUUCGGGCUAGAAGAAACAUCUUACUGGACUGAAGAAAAUCUCACCGCCCAAUACCGUCAAAAAGGUAUCUGGUGCUGGCAUCUAGGCUUCUUCUCGAUCCCGCACAUUCCUGAAAUGCUCAUCCAAGGCCAUGAACGCGAGUUUUGGGAAAUGUUUAUGAAGCAAGAAUGCUACAAUCCUAAUGCGAUUGAACAUGCAGCUUUGGAUCAUUGGGUGGCUUGUUCCAUGCAACCUGGAGGUUUACGAGGUAUCCUGGAAACAUAUCGUGCUGGUUUCAAGAAUGCGGCCAAUCAUCGCGCACUACUGGAAGCAGGAGGAAAACUUACGGUGAGAACAAUGACAAUUGAAGCUCCUGAAUUCUUUGGCCCAAUCGUGGAACAGAGUAUUUCGCGUGUUGUAGAGCGAGUAGAAAGGUCUGAGAUAUUCGAGGAAUGUGGGCAUAGUCUCGCGCUUGAGAAACCAGAAAGACUUGCAAAAUGCUUGAGGGAGUUUAUGUUGGGGGUUGAUUAA